AUGAACAAAAUAUCAGCAAAUGUUUCAAUCUUGAACAAAUAUCUUUUCAAUUAUUCUCAUUUAACUUCCUUACAUAUCAACAUUCUUAAUGCCAGUAAUUAUGACUUUAACACUACAUUUCCUUCUAACCUUUCCCAAGUUGACGUUACACCGAACGAAAGAAGCGUGUUUGUCCUUUCUUUUAUUUCUGUAGUAUUGGGUUUCCUUACUCUAAUCACAGCAACCGGUAACAUCUUCGUCAUUGCCGCCAUUUUAACGGAUCGAAUUCUUAGAUCGGUUGGUAACUAUUUAAUUCUUUCUCUAGCCGUGGCAGAUUUAAUGGUAGCUUGUCUCGUGAUGCCUUUAAGUGCUGUUUAUGAGAUUAUGCGGGAAUGGCGGAUGGGAUCGAUACUGUGUGAAGUAUGGAUAUCCUGUGACGUCUUGUGCUGCACAGCGUCCAUUCUUCAUCUGUUGAUUAUCGCUGUUGACCGGUACAGAGCAGUUACUCGUUUAGAUUACGUCCGACAGAGAAAUCCGAGGGACAUUGGGCUUAUGAUUUUAUUUACUUGGGUCGUUGCAAUAACGAUUUCGCUGCUUCCUAUCUUUGGGUGGAAAGAUAAAGACUUCCGAGAUCGGAUAGUCAUAGAAAAGAAAUGCCUAAUCAGUCAAGACGUCGCCUAUCAAGUGUUUGCCACAUGUUCGUCGUUUUUUUUCCCCUUGGUGGUUAUUCUCGUUCUCUACUGGAGAAUUUUCCAAGAGGCUCGUCAAAGAAUCCGCAACAAACCAGGAACUACGAUUUCUCUUCUGGUCAAAAAAUCAUAUGCAAAAUAUUCAGAGCCAACUACCAGCGAAGUUACAGAAACGACAAAAAGUAUUUCGACGCCAUCUUGUUCAACGGAUUCAAAUUCUGUGAGCUAUACUUCAACACCCAUAAAGACCAAGAAAAUGAAAGACAACUUACUGCGCAUUGAUACCUUUCUCAAUAAACAGCCUAGAGAUCUGGAAUCUAAACGUGAGAAAAAAGCUGCAAAAACACUUGCAAUCAUUACCGGUGUGUUUAUCGUAUGUUGGAUGCCAUUUUUCAUUUUAGCAUUCACCAUGCCCAUCUGUAACAGCUGUUACUUCGACGAAAGACUUUUUACCACAUCUCAGUGGUUAGGUUACACUAAUUCAAUGCUUAAUCCUAUUAUCUAUACAAUUUUUAGCCCAGACUUUCGUCAAGCAUUUAAGAAAAUAUUAUGUGGUGUUUCUCAAAGACAUAGAACCAAUUUAUAA